AUGCAGUCUCUUCGCGAACUCUUGGGUAGCGGCAUGGCGCUUUCUUCUCCUGACAUUCCGAGAUACGACGACAGGGAGAAGUUGCUCCUAUCUUACAUCCUAGCGUCGUCGCUCCUUUAUCUCUAUCCGGGUGACUGGAUCCCGAUGGAUUGGAGCAGUGACAGGAUCUUUUUCCCGCGGCACUCGGGGAGCAGGCGAUCGCCCAUAUUUACGUUGCCUUAUCUAUCAGUCAACCUUCAGCAGGGCGGUGCCCCUCCAAAGGUUCCGCCAGUGAGCCAAUAUCACAAACAUCCUGCUAUUCUAGCUCUGGGCAUCAUGCUCCUCGAGAUUGCAACAGGCGUCCGAUUCGACCCGGCACAUGGAGACGGCACAGCCGAGCUUGAUCAAGCAGACCGGUACAAUGAAUACGGCAGUCAAGCUCUAAGGAUCCUCGAUGACUUGGAGAGACAAGGCGAACGGCAUCUUUCCAGACGUAUACCUCCGGUCCUGUCCAAAGUUGUCAGGUCUUGCUUGAUUCUAAACCCGUCCCCGAGCAUGGCAGCUGAGCAGAUGUCCGAGGAGGGCCCAAUACGGCAUUACAUUCUUUCCUGUAUUGCCACGCCUUUGGCGGUCGCCCUCUCUGAGGGAUACCAUGUUUCACUGGACGAGUUACAGGAUGCUUUGGACAUGCGGCCUAUGCCAGAGAGCCCUCUAGGUGUAACUGAACGCUCCAGCUUCCAAAAUUUGACGAAUACCGCCAAAUCCGGAAUUGCUAACCCACUCGCGGUAUAUUCUCCCACAAAACCCUCGGCAACUGGUUUGACCCAUCGUGCGCAAACAUCAGAUAGCCUAUCCUGGAUCACCAAGUUUCAGCGUGCGAAUACGCACCUCGAAUCUCUAAGUGAAGGCUCUAGAUCAGAGGCGAUCAAGGUUGCUAUCCUCGACACAGGAUGCAACACCGACGACCCCUACUUCUCUGGUGCGGGUAUUGAUCGCGUUGACGACUGGGGAGGUCUCUGGUAUGAUUGCUUAGGAUUGGGUGAAGCCCAACAAGAUAUAGCAAAGGCCGUCUUACAUGCUGUUACGAUGUGGGACGUAGAUGUAAUAUCCAUGUCCUUUGGCUUCAGCGACGAGGUCAAGCUGAUCAAAGAUGCUAUUGUAGAGGCGGAGAGACUGAAGGGAGAUAAGAUUCUGUUCUUCGCCGCCGCUAGCAACGAUGGAUUGAACGAACCUGAGAUGUUUCCCGCCUUCUUCGAGUCCGUCAUCUCCGCCCGAGGGACCAAACACGACGGGGAGUUCAUUCAGCAGUACAACCCAAAAUCAUGGGGCCACAAGAGCGGCAUUCAAUACGGCACUCUUGCACGAGACGUCCCGUACGGCUGGCCUGCGUCAAUGCCGACAAAGUCAGGAUGCUCGGUAGCGACGCCAAUCCUGGCUGCCAUUGCCGCCAUGCUGAUAUCUUUUGUGGAUAGCCAGGAGAGUUGGGAUGCUGAGAGACAUGCUAUACGGACGAGGAGGGGAAUGACUGCCGUGUUUAAUCUCAUGGCCCGGGACCAGAACUCUUUCGACAGACUUUAUGUGGCGCCAUGGCAGCUUUAUGAGAACCGAAGGCAACCUCGGUACCUUUCGUGGCAGUGCAGCUGAGUUAGGAGCGACGAGACAUGAAAGCUCAGGGUUGCAGCAUACCCGGCAUAGAUAAGUAAUUAACAGGAGAUACCCAGGCACUAUGGUAAUUAUGCCUACUUGUAGGAAGAGUAAAUAACCUCUUGGUCUGUCUUGUGCUUGGCUGUUGCCACUGGCAUCAAGAUGUAUGA